GAAAUCCAGUAUCCAGAGAAGUAUAAUGUUUUCACUCGGGUGAACAUAAGUUACUGGGAAGGAAGAGAGUAUCGGACAAUGUUAUAUAAAGUUCCCUAUCCACCGCGAAACGUUUCUGUACAAAUUGUACGCAAGAAUAGCCAUGAGAACUGGGAAGAAGAGCACAGUGGGAAUUCCCCAGAACAAACCUUCAUGGAGACCCAGAAUGUUAUUGGGCAGGAAAAAGUUACUCCUAUGUCGGAUGAGAUAUCUGAGAUCCCAACAGUGAACGCUUCCUAUAUUUGGCCUGAUUAUCCCGCGAACAGCAGUGAUUAUGAAAGCACAUCCCAGCCUGAUUGGUGGACUAAUGAAUCUGAGGAUGAGAAUGAGUUUGUUAAUGCAGUGCCAAGGGAUUAUGAGAACCUCAUUCCAACUGUUGAACUCGGAAAACCUACUUCGGGAACUCCAUCAUUCCUUCCAGUGCAAAUGGUGUUGAGCUGGUUACCUCCAAAGCUGCCCACAGUAUUUGAUGGCUUCCACAUUCGUAUUAAGAGAGAAGAGAACUUCACGGAAUUCCUGACAGUUGGAGAAGACGUUCAUGAACUUGUCACUGAUCUAAAAGAACCAGGGAAAUAUACCUUAACGGUUACAACAUUUAGCUCCUCCGGAUCAUGCGAAGCGCGGGAAAGCCAGUCUACCCAAACCCUUCGCUUUUAUAUUAAAAAUAGACAACCUGUUGCCUGCCUGGUACUAUAACUUUCGAGUUACGAUGGUGACCUGGGGAGAACCAGAACUCAGCUGCUGUGAUACUUCCACUAUUGGUUUCAUAACUGCUCCUGUGUCUCCUAAAAUCACUGCAGUUGAAUAUUUCAACAGCCUUCUCUAUGUCAGCUGGAUCUACGGUGAUGGCAACACAGACCUUUCUCACUCUAGAAUGUUGCACUGGAUGGUUAUUGCCGAAGGAAAGAAGAAGAUUAAAAAGAGUGUAAGAGUCAUGUUGCUAUUGGAUGUUGCUCCCAGACCAACAACUGUCAGGCCACAAGAAGUGAAUUCAAGCAGCGGUUUCAUCGAAAACCUCGUCCCUGGCGCUCAGUACCAAGUGGUCAUUUACCUACAGAAAGGACCGCUGGUUGGGCCACCUUCUGACCCUGUUACGUUUGCUAUUGGAGAGGUCAGCAGAGUUCAGGAUUUUGGAUCACCUGCAAUCUUUUACUUUAUGUGGGCUCCCAAUGGCCUACAAGGCGCAGUCAAAGAGACUCUCGUCUUGUUUCUAGAUCCAGUUCCUCCAAGAUCACUCUUUGCGGUGAAUAAAACACAGACCUCCGUGACUCUCUUGUGGGUAGAAGAAGGAGUGGCGGAUUUCUUCGAGGUUUUUUGCCAGCAGGUUGGUUCAGAUCACGAGACAAAGAUCCAGGUAUGUGUUUUUUUUAUCCUUUAUCAAUUUCGGAUCGCUCCUGAGAUACUUAACCUGGGUGGCUCUGCUUUGAAAUCCAGCCUCUUUUUGCAUGAAUCACUGCAAUAUAAACUUUUAAGUGAAAAGACACAGCUUGACCCAGUGAUGCUACUCAUUGUGUUGAUGCACUUUGUGGAGAUGAAUCCUAACGUGGUGGUGAUUUCUAUUCUUGCCAUUCUGAGCAUUCUUCUGAUAGGGCUCUUGCUUAUAACAUUGGUGGUUCUUCGGAGAAAACAUCUACAAAUGGCCAGGCGUAGGAGUGUCUUUGCUUUCCUAACUCUGUUACCCUCCUGCCUUUGGACUGAUUAUCUCUUGGCAUUUUAUAUUAACCCUUGGAGUAAAAAUGGAUUGAAGAAGAGAAAGCUGACCAACCCUGUCCAGCUGGAUGAUUUUGACAGCUACGUCAAGGAUAUGGCCAAAGAUUCUGAUUACAAAUUCUCUCUGCAAUUUGAG